AUGUCCACCCGUUCACGCACCGGCCUCUUUCUUUCUUACCGCGAGUCCACUGCCCGUCGCGACUACCACGAUGGUCACGAACACCAACGCCUCAUCAACCACGCCGCCAUCGAUAUUCCCUCUGACCUGCCCCCUGUAUGGGUAGAUGUCUCUGACCAGGUAGAGGCCCUCCUCGCCGACACCACUGCCAACAUCGCUGCACUUGACAAACUUCAUGCAAAACAUAUUCUUCCCAGCUUUGCUGAUCGCUCCCAGGAGGAGCGCGACAUUGACGCCCUCACAACUCAAAUCACAAAGGACUUUCGCACAUGCCAUUCCCUCAUCCAGCGAAUAUCUACCACUUUUCCCCCAUCCCACGAGGCAAACCCCGCCAAAAACGUACAGCGUGGUCUCGCUGCAAAGGUCCAGCAUCUAUCCGCUACUUUUCGCAAGAAACAGCGCGUGUACAUGGACAAACUACAGGGUCAUGCGACCAAAAACCAGGAUCUCCUUCUUGCUUCCGGCGCCAUUUCUCUCAAAGCUUCCGAUGCCAUGUCUGCUCUCGAUGACGAUAUCCAGGCUGCCUCACAUACCACUCUCCUCUACGCAGACCCUUCCACACAGCAUCUCCAAUCACGCGAUCGAGAACUCGCCGAAAUCGCAAAAUCUAUAGCUUCUCUCGCAGAACUCUUCAAAGACCUUUCCGUCCUCGUAAUAGAUCAGGGCACCCUCCUAGACUCGGUAGAGUACAACAUUGAACAGACAGCCGUCCACAUGGAAGACGCUGUCGAAAUUCUCAAUCACGCAACUCGCUACCAGAAAAACACUGGCAGGCGCAAGUGCAUCUUUCUACUUCUCCUCAUCAUCUUUGGUUUAAUCAUUGUCCUCAUCUUUAAACCAAAACGAAAGUCUCUCCCUCCUCCUGUAUCACCUCCAUAG